AUGAGGCAGCGGAACAAAAUAAUUUCAGCGGUGGUGUCCCUCAUUCUCCUGUCGACAGUACUAAUGGCGACGGCUGAGACGUGGUGGGUACCGGGCACUAGAACGAAGGUGGCGAUCACCAACGAGGUGGGCGGAGGGCGACAGCUGACAGUGCACUGCAGCAGAUUCGACGACGAUAACAACGGAGACGAUCUCGGGGUUCAUGUGGUAAACCCGCACGAUAGCUACCGCUUCAAGUUUCCACGAAAGUGGAGACCCGCUUGGGUCUAUUGCAGCAUGGAUUGGGGAGUCGGAGGGCCGCGCUGGUUCGAUAUCUACGAUCAGGAGCGGGACGAACACCUGUGCCGCCUGACAACCUUUUAG